AUGUUUAAUUUUCCUAAUUCAUCACGAGUAGAAAAGAUAGUUUGUGAUAAUAAACCAGGAUAUACACUAGUUUCAAAAUAUGACAAUGCUAUAUACUUUUAUGUAUUUCCAGAGGAACUUCAUAUUUUAAAGUAUAGUAAAGAUUUUACACAUCAAGUAGUAAAAUUUAAAAGUGAUAGUCAAACGAUUAAUGGGACUUCAUUAGUAAUGGAAAAUGAAUUUUAUAUUUAUUUAAUUAGUACGUCUAAAAUAGUUACAAUAGAAAAAAAGAAUCCAACAGAAGUUAAAAAUAUUUGUCCACUUGAUAACAGUUUUAGUUCAUUUGCAAAAGAAUCAUGUGUGUUACCAAAUAAUAGAAUUUUAUUAGCUGAUUCAGUAGUUAAUAUGGGUAACGUACAUUUUAAAGUUUGGGAUCUUAUUGCUAAGAAAGUAGUUGCACAAUUAUAUCGUGUUCCUGGUGAAAAUGAACCAAGUUGUUAUCAAGUGUUUCAUGAUGAAAUUUAUAUGGCUAUGGGAACUUGUGUUUAUUAUUGUACUAUACCAACAAAAUUAAAUCCAGAUAAUAUUGUUGUAUUAGAAUUUAGUAAAUAUGAGUUUCAUGAUCGUUCUAUUCAAUCAUUCCUUGUAGAAGAUGAUUAUGUUUUUAUUGGAGAUUCUUAUGGAAUGGUAACUUUGCAUUCUUUCCCAUCAUUUGAAUAUCUUCAUUCACUUGCACUUGGAGUUGAAAGAGAUGAACAAGUAAAAUUCUUUGAUGAAAGACCAGUAUUUAGUUUCCGUAAUUCAGUUGUUGGAAUGAAACGAGUAUUAAAGUAUCUUGUAUAUUGGUUAUUAAAUGGAACAGUUUGUAUUGCUAAUUUUUUUGCAACAGAAAGGCAAGUUGAUUGUUUAUCAUUUGGAGAUAAUAAAAGACAAUUAAGAGAAAUAUAUUUUACAUUUAAUGAAAAAUUGAGUAUAAGCAUGAGAUUUAAUGUACUUAAAGAACAAAAUUCUGCAAUUAUUCCACUUAAUGAAUUUUAUACUUGGGAAGUUCAAAUGCCUUCAAGAAUUAGUCCUGAGUUAGCAUAUGUUGGAUUUUUCCAAAUGUUUCCAACAAUUAUUAAAGGAAUUUAUUCAGCUCUUGAUAAUGGGUCAAAAAAUACUGAAAAAUUAAAAAAUGUUGUUAAAGAAUGUUAUUUUAUUGUUACGACUAUUAAUUCAAUUAAAGAACAUACUGGAGCUCUUAUUCCAUUUCAGUUUUUUAUUGAAAUGGUAGAAGGGAUAAGUGAAGCACAUGCAUUUUGUGAUGACUCAUCAAAGAAAUCACAAGAAGAAAUUAUUGAUAUUUUAAAUAAAUCAAUAAAUGAUUUGGUUGUUGGAAUAGAUGAUUCAGUGGCUAUUGCUCAACAUAAGAUUGAUAUGGUUAAAGAUCCAAAAUUUAUUGAUCCAGGACAACCGUCUUCAUUUGCAAUGAAAGCAACUCAUUAUAAUCAAUCAAUGAGAAAACAUUUUAUGGAAGAUUUAUUAAAUCCUAAUUAUGUUAUUGAUGAAAACGAUCAUAGAGUAAAAUUCUUUUAUAUGAAUUCUAGUUGUUUUCUUAUUCAAAAGCAAAAUGAUUUUCAUAAACAUAUGAAUCAAUUUACUGAGUUUUGUCAAAGUAAUGAUGUAGGUGCUCUUGUAGAUGCUCAAGAAUUAGUUAAAAUUAAUGCUCUAUUAGAUCAAAUUCAUGACGAAAUUCAAGAAACACGUGAUGAUAUUAAAGAUAUUGUUUCAACAACAUAUGCCUCAGAUAAAUGGUUACAUGAAUUAGAUUUCAUUAAUGAACAACUUCCAUUAAUUUAA